AUGAAGCAGGAGCACAGAACGACACCGCCUGCCGACGACACAACCUCUCCUCCCCGAGUCUGUCCGCUCUCAUGCGAUGCAACGGCUCAGAAGUACGCCUCCCCUCGCUCGAUCACCCGAUCCAAAGCCCUUGAAGAGGCUCGCGACACGAGACUGACGACAUCCAGACCCAGAGAGGAGAUAGGUCGAGAAACGCCCGCGCAGGAGGUAGGGACAGCAAACGGGACCGAGAAGAGUGGCGAGAAGGCCCUCACGGAAGGUAUCGCCAUACAAUCUGCGACACAGUCGCCUACGUCUGCAAAUCAAGCUUCGACCGAGAAGCUGCGAAGACGAUACCUUGAUUCCGGCCGCCAUUCUUUUCCUACAUACGGGAAUCCGAGGAGCGGAGUCCCUAUUCCAAACCCGAUGAGCCGCUCAAUGAGGAGCUUGUUGACUGGCGACUUUCAACCGAAAAACGACCUCAAUUCGAAAGGGCAUGGCGGUUCCAGCAAGAGGGUAGCCCAGUCCCUGACUACUCAUAUCGAGCCAACGAGGUCUUCGAAGCGCCAGAAGACAGUGGCCCAAACCGAAUCCCCGUCCAAUCAUGAGUACUCGAGCGCGCAAUUCGUUGUUGCGCUGCCCUCGGCCUCUUCACGCGACAGAUCGCCAUCGCUGAAAGCUUCUUCAGUUGUAGAUCUGACAGAGUCUCAGAAGUCCAGAGAUGGCGAUACGGCGAGCCACCGGUCAGAAUACGACCCGCUCAUGGGCGCCUCUGAGUUUCGCCAGUUAGAAAAGAAAACCAGAAACGGUGCAACGACGACGAAAAAGCGACCCCGCAAUAGAAAGUUGAUGUGCAAACAGACCUCACCAGCGCAGUACGAAGUGCUGAGCGAAGACGAACUGGGAAGAGAUGAGGAACAGCCGCCCAAGAAGCGAAACGAUAUCACACGCAAGGUUCUUGGAUACAGAGGCUACCAGCUGCCAAAUCACACCAGGGGUGCUUCUGAGGGCAUCUCAGAUGGCGAUCUACAACGAAUCGGGGAACUAGCCAAGUCUCAGUCCAAGCCGGCACAGAAAGCAAAGAGUCGACGGAUUGUCAUGGAUCCUAUUUCAGACGACGACGCAAAGAUAUCCCCGACUACGCCUGGCAGUCGUGGUACCAGAGCAGACAUAUCGCCAGUCACUUUCUCCAAGAAGGGAGGAAAAUCCGUUUCACCUGUUUUCAGGUUGAAGCGAGCCGUCGCAGCCUCGUUGGAUAAGUGGUUUGAUGCCGGCCUUGACGCCGCACCAGAGCUGUCCCUGCGGGUUGACAACAAAUUCACUCUCAUGGCUGUCGACUCCACUGGCGCAAGACGAGACGACUACCAUUGGCUUGAGGUGAAGCUGAAUCUUUGUGAUGGAAUUCAACACACCACGUAUGGGCCGCCCAUUGCCGCAGUCAAAAGACCCAGCAAGCGAGGCCUUCUUGUUCUUGAAUUCGCAGAGUCUGGUAACGCACUUACUUUCGGGCUCUGGGCAAAUGCCGCGCUCACGGAGACAUCCACUCUCAAAUGCAAGGUUGAAGAAGACGACAGUGAUCGCCUUCAAAAGGUCAUGGAAAAGCAAUGGGAAAUUACAGUCAAUCGCAAGCCGAGAACAGAGACACAGCCUGACGACAUCAAAUAUCUUGAGAAUAAGGAAGCCAACAGCGCCAACAAUUGGGAGAAGAUUUGGGAUGACCACAAGCCGUUGAUUUUCCCUGCUUCUGGCAAAUACAGAACUACUAUUUACAAGGACGACAUCGCUCGACUUGAAGAGGGCGAAUUCAUGAACGACAACCUUAUCGGCUUCUACUCUCGUUAUCUCCAAAUCAAGUUGGAACAAGAGAACAAGCAGGCUGCUGACAGGAUUUAUUUCAUGAACACGUACUUCUACCCGAAGUUGACGGAGAAGAGAGGACGAGGUAUCAACUACGAUGGCGUCAAGACAUGGACUGCAAAGGUCGACAUCUUCUCCUACGACUACAUUAUCGUUCCUAUCAACGAGCAAGCGCACUGGUAUCUCGCAAUUAUCUGUCAUCCGUCGAAACUGGUCAAGUCAGAUGAGAUCAAAGAAGAAGACGUCGAGAGUGCACAACUCCAGGAAACACCAAAAGAAGGCUUGGUUUCUACAGUUGGAGAGCAGGUGGAGCAUAUGACUUUGGACGAUGCGAACGCAACACAGGACACGCCGAAGACGGAAACAAGUGAACCGAACACGAUGCCUGCCAAAUCACACCCUUUUGUCAAGAAAAGCUCAGGAGCCCUACCUCGGAAGAAGGACCCUUCUGAGGCCAGGGUCAUUACUCUUGAUUCCUUGGCCACUGGUCAUUCGGCAACUUGCGGUAACCUGAAGGAUUACCUUGUUCGUGAAGCGCUGGACAAGAGAGGACUGGAAAUUCAACCUCCUUCCCAAUUUGGCAUGACCGCCAAGAAUAUCCCGGAACAACUUGAUCACGCAAGCUGCGGUGCUUUUCUACUUGGCUACCUGCGAGAGUUCCUGAAGGGUCCGGACGAUGUUGUCAGUCGGAUAGUCCGCAAAGAGGAUCUGGGCUGGGAUAUUUCGUCGCUCGAGAUGCGGGGCGAGCUUCGCAGCAUCAUCAUCGAGCAGCGAAAGGAACAGAACGAACGCAAUGCCAAGCUGGCUGCAGAAAAGAGAGCCAGGAAGAAAUCCAACAUCCUGCCGCCUGCCUCGAGCAAAUCACCAGAGAAAGAAUCUAGCGGCCCACCAGCGACCCCAAGGACUCCAACGAGCGUUGAUGACGUGCCCAAGAACCCGUCGUCUACAAUCAAAGGAUCCCCUUCUGUUACCUUGAAGGAUCACAGUAGUUCCCCCGCAAAGAAAGCAACCGAUGGAGGCAUUCCUAUUCUUGAAGAGGAUGGACCUCAUAAGCCCACAGUUGCUACUGGCUCAGUGCCAGGGGGCGAGAGUAACGAUGCAGUCCAGGCUUUGGAGUCAAAUCCCCCCGAGCAGCCGAAAACACCAGUUCGCUCUCGACCGCCUCACCGCGCGGCGUCUUCGCCAUGCCAGGUGCGAUCAAGCCCUCGACACAACAAAAUCAGAAUGACCUCCAGUGCCGACAAAUCGCAAGCCGCCAGUUUGUCUCAGGUACUGUCUUCGUCUGGAGAAACGUCAGUCAAAAAAAUGGAGCCAGCAUCCAGUCGCUUCAAGCAAGGUCUCAAGGAGGCUGAGCAGGUUCUGAGCCAACUUUCAUCACCAUCUAAGCCAAUGCCUAUUCGUGCAGAGAGGCGGGCAUCUGAACAGCAUGAACCAGGCGACUCCCCCUCCCAACAGCUCCUCAGCGAACUGCAAGCUUCUCCCUCCAAAUCAGGCCAAGUGGAUCAUGGUGUUUUCGAAGGGUUUACUCAACCUCAACGACUGCAAACCACAGUCGAAGACCAAGAACUCUCGAAGAAAUCAAGCCCAGGCGCCAUGCCGACAGGCGCAGUGCAUACGAGCUCACAGUUUGCGGCGCCGAUAAUGUUACCUACUGAGCCGUCACAUGCUAGGUCGCCGCCUGUCAAAUCCCCAUCCGUGAGAACGCCUCCCGGCCGGCGUGCUCCUGCCAAGUACUCGCCUGCUUCACACCAGAAGGUUAGACAGCCAAGCCUGGAGGAAGUCCCCAUGCCCAGCGUCGAGGAUAAUGAGACCUACGAUCAAACACCGGGCGGCUCUAAAUACCGCAAGCCACGCCAUGUGACUGUGGAUCUCACGGAAGAGGACUCAGUUCCUACGAUACCCCUUGAUGAUGAAUUACGACGAAGAACCGACUGA